UAGUCCAGUCCGGGCAGCGUAUACCACUACUUACACACGAAAAAAGGAGAACCUAUCAAUGAGGUAACUUCUUCGUUAUAAAAUUAUUUUCAUCUCACUUAAAGAUAGCGAAGAUGUCUCAGAUCCCCGUGCGAAGCGCAGGUGGUGGGGGAGACCCAGAAGCGAAGAGAAGAAAGAUCCGCAAGGGAACGCACAGCUGUUGGGAAUGCCGAAGAAGGAAGACUCGUUGCCAAUUUGCGUCCGCUACAGCCUCCAUCUGCGUUGGCUGUGAAGCACGAGGAACAGCCUGCCGAAGCCAGGAAUUUCCCGACGAGCAGCCCCCGUCUGCGGAACGAGGUCUAUCACAGCGGAUGAGUAGGGUAGAGGGAAUGCUCGAAAGGAUAAUCGAGAGGAUUACGCCUGGUCCUUAUAUUUCUAGCCGUUCAGGUGGCCAGGCCUCUGCUUCCUCCGCCUCGGCCGAAGAUGAUUUAGAAUACUCAUCUCCAGAUAUCCUCCGUCCGUCGGCGGCAAGCCACCCCCAUGUAAUCGGCAUGUUUGACGCCCUAAGAGAGGAGGGGGGAUCUUGCCCUUCUGCCCGCGCGUCCUUCGUGCCCACUCCAGCGUCAACACAGAGUGAUACAGUUCCUGGUCUCCCUGCCAAGUUCUCGCAGAUCUCGAAGACACUCCACGCAACAUUUCCAUGUCAACGUGAUAUCGAUGCAAUAAUAGAGGCGGCGGGUUUCGGUCCGUAUUUUAUCGUGACCUACUUUAGUGGCGUUGAUGGCCCCCUUGAGGAUCCGUCCACCGUCUCGGACGUCCCACCCUCAACUAGCCAUCCCGCUUUGCUUGCGAAGCGGUUGAUGCAAUUAACCAGUUGCAUGCAAAAAAUAUCUGUAGACGAUAUACCGCGGGACCUCGUGUCGAAAGAGCCAAUCCGUUUCCUGAUGAAUAGGAUCGUGAAUGUAGUCUCAGACUUGAUGGCGUUUAAUGACGACUUAGUCGGCUCUGUCGAAGGCCUUGAGACUUUAAACCUCAUUGCGUUAUACCAUGCUAACGCAGGUAAUCUCCGCAAAUCAUGGCUCGCCCUACGCCGAGCCCUCGCCGUCGCGCAACUCAUGGGCGUGGACCGGUGGCCCGAUGACAAGCCCCUAAAGUCGGUCGACCCGCGGUCCGACCCGGGAACGCGCACCCGCGCCGGACCUCUCUGGUACCGCACCAACUUCACCGACAGGUAUCUAUCGCUUCUCCUCGGCCUCUCCGCCGCCUCAGACGACGACUCCUUCGCGGACCCCCUCCGCCUGGCGCAAAGCACGCCCAUCGAGCGGCUCGAGAAGCUGCACACCGUCAUCACCGGGGCCAUCAUCAAGCGGAACAUGAACACCAGCCGCGCCUCCCCGGAGGCCGCCUUCGGCACCACGCAGGCCAUCGACUGCGAUCUCGAGAUGGCCGCUAAGACGAUGAGCGCCGAGUGGUGGCAGCCCCUCCUGCCGAUCGACGCGUCCAUGGCGACGCCGCGUGAGCUCGUGCGCAUCCAGUCCCGCGUCAUGAUGCAGAUGAAUCACCACCACCUCCUUAUCCUACUGCAUCUUCCGUACAUGAUGCGAGACCCCAAGGAGCGGCGCUGGGACUACAGCAAGACGACGUGCUUGCACGCCUCGCGCGAGCUGCUGCAGGUCUAUCUCGUCUUCCGGGACCUGACCGACGCGGCCUCCGCCUGUCGGCACACGGACUACGGCGCGCUGACAGCAGCGAUGACGUUGCUUCUAGGCUAUCUCGACCCUAAGCUACGAGCGCGGAAUGCAGCGAUAGCUAGUCGGCGCGAUGCGGAUCGUGAAGUUGUCACCAAGGUGAGGGAUGUUAUGAAGAAGAUCGCUGAGCGGGACGGUGAUAAACUCGCGCGCGAGGCCUCCGAUAUUAUCACGAGGCUACUGCCCCUGGCAGACGUUGACUUGACGAUCUCGGGCCACGGCGAAAACGAUGCCCCUGUGCGCCUCGAGAUCCCGUACCUAGGCACCAUCAACAUCAACCCAGUGCGCAGGCAACCGCAGCACAAGUUCCGACAAGAUGGUAGCGGUAUUAUGCCCUCCUUAGCUAGUCACGAUAACAGUGGAGAGGGUGAUGAUUUUGAACGCCUUGAAGUUUAUCCUACGACCAACGUCUACCAGACUCCUGAUACCACCGAAAAUAUGUCGAUAGACCUACAACAGUUUCCUCAAACUCAACCGAGUUUCCUAUCACAACUUGGAGAAGAUGCCAAUUUCUCAUUCAUGCAAUUUGAGCCGGAUAUUUCUUCUCCAUACCAAUUCCCCGAACUCGCGGCUGACGUGGACCAGUGGACUUUUCAGGGGUUCGACGCGACCUUCUUUGAGAACCUGCUUUCAUAACAGCAUGUCCUGCCUUCGGGGCCCUAUAUGGUUAGCCGUUAUCAUUUAAGAUUUAUGUAUGUAUGGCUCGGUAUAGAUAUCCACACUUAUAUAUGUAUAUAUAAUUUUA